AUGCUGCGGGGGAGCCACGAGUGCCGGCAUCUUGCCUGCAACUUCACACUUCGUGACGAGUGCGGACGCAAGUACGGUGAGACGGUGUAUGAGACGUUUCAGCAGCCCUUUGAUCAACUGCCCUUGACUGCCCUCGUCGCGGAAUCGUUUCUCUGUGUUCAUGGCGGAAGUUUGCCGCACAUUACGACUCUCAGUGACAUUGGCAACGUUGCGCGGGCGCGGGAGCCACUGCUGUUAGGUUCCAUGUGCGGCCUUCUUGUAGGUGAACCCCAUGGAGGACGCGAUGGAGCAGAUGUAUCCCGAGGUCUUGUCCCUGCACAAUGA